UUUUGAAAGCUGUAUUGGUAUUUCUUUUUUGUUUAAAAAUCUCUGUGGAAAUAAUAUUACUGUUUAUCUUCACUUGCACACAACUUCCUUCUGUUAAGAACUGGCUUGCAGAUCCUAAUGGGGGCAGUGAAGGAGAAGAGCAUAUCCGGGGAAUUAUGGCUGAAGCAAGGAAGGUUGCAGAAUUGUGUGAAGAGCCUAAAGAAAGAGAUGAUAUCCUUCGUUCUUUGGGGGAAAUCUCUGCUUUGACUGCUAAGCUGUCAGAUCUGCGACGACAUGGGAAAGGUGACUCUCCUGAGGCUCGUGCAUUGGCUAAGCAAAUAGCUACAUCGCUUCAGAAUUUACAGUCCAAAACAAACAGGGCUGUGGCAAAUACUAGGCCAGUUAAAGCAGCUGUCCAUUUGGAAGGCAAGAUUGAGCAAGCCCAAAGGUGGAUAGACAACCCUACAGUUGCUGAUCGGGGAGUAGGCCAAGCAGCAAUUCGGGGCUUGGUUGCAGAAGGCCGUCGUUUAGCCAAUGUUAUGAUGGGACCUUAUCGUCAAGACCUGCUGGCCAAAUGUGACCGUGUGGACCAGCUGGCUGCUCAGCUAGCUGACCUUGCAGCAAGAGGGGAGGGAGAGUCUCCUCAGGCCAGGGCAAUCGCUGCUCAGCUGCAGGACUCGCUGAAGGAUCUUAAAACACGGAUGCAAGAGGCAAUGACCCAGGAGGUAUCUGAUGUUUUCAGUGACACAACAACUCCUAUUAAAUUGUUAGCAGUAGCAGCCACUGCUCCCCCUGAUGCUCCCAAUAGAGAUGAGGUGUUUGAUGAAAGAGCAGCAAACUUUGAAAACCACGCUGCUAGACUGGGAGCUACAGCAGAAAAAGCAGCUGCAGUUGGAACUGCAAAUAAAACUACUGUGGAGGGCAUUCAGGCAACAGUGAAAUCGGCACGGGAACUUACCCCACAGGUAGUAUCAGCUGCUCGUAUCCUUCUGAGAAAUCCUGGAAAUCAAGCUGCUUAUGAACAUUUUGAGACCAUGAAAAACCAAUGGAUCGAUAAUGUAGAGAAAAUGACAGGGUUGGUGGAUGAAGCCAUUGACACCAAGUCUCUGUUGGAUGCAUCAGAAGAAGCUAUUAAGAAAGAUCUUGAUAAAUGUAAAGUUGCAAUGGCCAACAUUCAACCUCAGAUGCUGGUAGCUGGUGCCACCAGCAUUGCUAGACGAGCCAACCGCAUCCUACUGGUAGCAAAACGGGAGGUUGAAAAUUCAGAAGACCCUAAAUUCCGAGAAGCUGUUAAAGCAGCCUCUGAUGAGCUAAGCAGAACUAUCUCACCAAUGGUAAUGGAUGCUAAAGCUGUGGCAGGAAACAUUUCUGAUCCUGGUUUGCAGAAGAGUUUCUUGGAUUCUGGAUACAGAAUUCUUGGAGCUGUGGCCAAAGUCAGAGAAGCCUUCCAGCCUCAGGAACCAGAUUUCCCCCCUCCUCCUCCUGACCUUGAGCAGCUCCAUCUGACUGAUGAGCUUGCUCCUCCAAAACCACCACUCCCAGAAGGUGAGGUUCCCCCACCCAGACCACCACCACCUGAAGAAAAGGAUGAAGAGUUCCCAGAGCAGAAAGCAGGAGAAGCUAUUAAUCAGCCCAUGAUGAUGGCUGCUAGGCAGUUGCACGAUGAAGCACGGAAAUGGUCUAGCAAGGGUAAUGACAUCAUUGCUGCUGCCAAACGAAUGGCGCUGCUCAUGGCAGAGAUGUCACGCCUGGUGAGAGGGGGCAGUGGAAACAAGCGUGCCCUUAUUCAGUGUGCAAAGGAUAUUGCUAAGGCAUCAGAUGAAGUCACUCGGUUAGCCAAAGAGGUGGCAAAGCAGUGCACUGACAAGCGCAUUAGAACGAACCUCUUGCAGGUCUGUGAGCGAAUCCCAACCAUCAGCACACAACUGAAAAUUCUCUCCACUGUCAAAGCUACCAUGCUGGGCAGAACUAAUAUCAGUGAUGAGGAGUCAGAACAGGCAACUGAGAUGUUGGUUCAUAAUGCCCAGAAUCUUAUGCAGUCUGUGAAGGAAACUGUGAGAGAAGCUGAGGCAGCAUCCAUUAAGAUAAGAACAGAUGCUGGAUUCACUCUUCGAUGGGUCAGAAAGACCCCGUGGUAUCAGUAAACAUUUGCAACAAGUAUUUUCCAUAACACAAAAUGCCUUUUUUUGGAAACAGAUACAUUAAGAGCAAAAGGUGCUGUAUACAUGAGCUGAAGAUUAGCUUAUGCUAAUGCCCCAUUCUAAGGGUAUGAAUUACAAGAGAAUGCUUCUCAAAUGUCUUUGGAAUGCUUUUGAUAUCAAACAC